CGGCUCUCAGUAACUUCUAGGUAGAUGAGCCCUUUAAUGGAUGUAUAUAUUUCCUAUCUUGCACACUGCUUCCCGUUCUCCUCCUUCUACAUACGGCUUUUUCGUUCACGCAUAGUUGGCACCUGCAAUGGGCUCAGUCGAACAACCUAAUUUUUCCGCGCCACCGGAGGUCGCCUCAGCCAGAGGCCUCCUGCUGGAUUUUGAUGGCACUGUCAUCGACAGCACAGCAGCAAUCAUCAAGCACUGGCACAAGCAAGGUGAAAUCAUGGGCGUUGAUCCCAACGUUAUCCUCGCCAGCUCACACGGACGGAGGAGUAUCGACGUAAUUCAGAUGUACGACCCGUCGAAAGCGAAUUGGGAAUAUAUAAUCCAUCAAGAGAGCCUUAUCCCCAAAGAAUUCGGCCAAGAUGCUGUGGAAAUCCCUGGGGCGCGCAAGCUUUUAGAAAGCCUUGACGACGUCAACGUGCCUUGGGCGGUGGUCACUUCAGGAACGAGACUGCUCGUGAAGGGCUGGAUCGAGGUGCUGAAGCUCGCCCAUCCACGCACCACCGUCGUGGCAGAGGAUGUCGAGAACGGGAAACCCGACCCGACUUGCUAUUUACUGGGUCGGGAACGCCUAGGACUCCCUGACACAGCCGAAAUGAUCGUUUUCGAAGAUGCUCCAGCGGGAGUCCGCGCGGGAAAAGCGGCCGGGUUCAAGGUCAUAGGAUUGGCCACCACCCAUACUGUUGGUCAGCUGAAAGAGGCUGGAGCGGAUUGGAUUGUGGAAGAUCUGAGAAGUGUCAAACUGAAGAACUUUAAAGAUGGCGUGGUGCAGGUUGAGAUCAUUAAUGGACUGGUCGAUGCCUCUUGACGGGUCGAUCGUGAUCCCUUUGCUGACCGACUUGUGACACGGAGGAGCAUUCUUUUCAGCAUGGCGUUUGGAGCUCGGGCAUCUGGAGCUGGUCGUAUAGAGAGCUUGCAGGCUAAGGCCGCCAAUAGACAAUAGAUAGGGCGGUCAUACCGCCUUUUAAAGCUGGCGCUGGACACGCGCAAUGCCGUCGCCCAACCCUUACCUUCAUCCGCAUGGUCCAGAGGUGGAGUGUGGUGCUUCGCAAGAAUUCCUGCGCUCCCACAUUCCAUAUUC